AUGGUCAUCGGCGGCAAUGGUUUGCUCCGAAGGGAGUAUCCAAUCGUCACAACUAUGUUCGUCACCAACCUACCUGAUGGAACUCGAAAGGAGACUGUUAAGAAGAUAUUUUCAAGAUAUGGGAGUAUAUCAGAUAUUUACAUGGCGACAAAGAAAGAUUCAAACAAGAAAAACUUUGCUUUUGUCAGAUUCAAAGGGGUGCAGGACAAGAUGCAAUUGGAGGCUUCCCUGCAAGGACUGAAAUGUAUGGGUUCAGUGCUGGAGAUUAAUGUAGCAAAGUUUGAAAGGAAAGCAGUCUCGGCAAGCCCAGGCUGGCUCAGAACAUCGAAGGUAACAAGAAAAAAUUGCACCAUAAUGCUUUGGGCUCGUUCCGGGAUGGCAGAUCUUUUGUUGCGGUAUUAUCUAGGAGUGACGGUCGACCUCCCCCUCCUCCACCCCCGGAGUUAA